AUGACCUCUUCAACCCCAUUAACGAAGCGAUAUCUCUCCGAGCAAGGGCCCCCGGAAGAUGAACCGCUAAGCUCGCCCGCAAAAAGGCGCCGGUUUUACUUCGCUGAUAAAACUUCCAUUGAGACAACUGUCGCGCCCGAAGGCUCCAGAAAUUCCACACCCCGAACAAUCGCCAAACCAGAGACCUCCGUUGAACGUUCCUUCAGCUUAAGAAAGGAACGCGGGGAAGAUAAAUUACCAAUAAGAUGCGACUGCCCACCAUUGCGCGGCCGAUCCGACUAUCGCGUCUGGCGCCGCGAAAUGAAGCUUAUUCUGAGCGAAAAUCUGGUUUGGGACUUGGUUGAUGGCCGAAUCGGUCAACUUCCUCGAUCACAUUACUUGGGAGGCCAAUUAGACAGCCUGAACGAGGCGGCGAGGGAAAUCAUUAAUGCAAAUCUAUCUCCCACUACCAGGCCGAUGGUUCGCAACAUUCGAAAUGCACAAAAGAUGUGGGAGAAGCUGGAAAAACACUGCAAACCUUCUGAUUGGAGUUUGGUGCGGUCUGGCUGGCUUGAGUUGCAGAAUAUCAAAUUCAGCCAAUGUCGUGACGUCUGGGAUUAUGUGUUUAAGGUGGACGAUGCAUGGAGAUGCAUCUGUCUUGAUCAGGAGGACAUUCUUGAGAAACAUGAAUUCGCCCGUUGUGCGAGCCUCGUGUGCUCUUUGGAUACACCUCAGUGGGAAACUUGGAAGAUGGGUUUUCUCUCUGAUCGCAAUAUCGCUAUACCAAAUUUUGCAGACCUGGUGGAGAGCUUGACUUUAGCUGAGGAUAAGGGCAUUGUGUCUGAUUUGAUUGGCAUUGCGAUCUGA